AUGAAGGUGGUUGAAAUCGCAAUGAGAGGUUAUGCUCUCAAAUGGUGUAAAUGGCGCUCUCAAUCUCAUCCAUCAAUGUCCUGGAAUACAUUUGCAGAUAUUUGCGCACACAACCUUACACCCUCUGAUGAUGCUGAUUAUGAAGUUCCACCAAAACCCCCUGAUGCUAUUUCAAAUAUUGAAAUAACUCACACACGUGGAAAAAUAAAAAAUGUACGUAAGGUGUUUGAUGGAAUGACUCAACAACAACAGCAUCUGAGUCCAAUUACAUGUCAAAGAAUUUGUUUCUGUGCGCUAGGAUCUCCGUGUUCUCUCAAUGAAACCAUCGCCAACAAAAGCAUCAACAACCAUGCCACGAAUGGUUUUCUCAAUGACGUUUUUGUGCUCGGUGAUUUCAUUGCGAAUGGUUUUCCCAAGGUUAUGCCACCGGCUCCUAAGGUUGUUCCUGUUGGCUGUGAUGUGGUUGAUGAGUUUGCAUCUAUGAAAGCUAAACGUGUUGUGCUUUAG